CAGCAUGGCGCUUGAGUCAAAUGAACUUUAUAUGUAUUUAGGUGCUAAGAAAGUAAAAAUGGUGGGGAAACGAUGAUUAAAAAUUAUUAAAGUUCGUUUUUUCGUGAUGGAAAAUAUUGAAAUACGUUUUACGUGAAAUUUCUCAGUGGUCGUACGACAGUAUCAGGAAUGGCGCCAAGGGUACGCCAUAUUUACGAAACUUCGACCCGAUUCUAAAUCGAGAAGGCUGUGGGACGGAAGAAUUCCAGUAAACGGUGUGUGGUUAACGGAAAAUUGCACGGAAAAGCACUAAAAAGCAAAAACAAUGUGCUCCUCUGUACACUAAAAGGAGGCUUAAACUUCAUACCUAAUCAUGCAAGCGGAAAGCAUCUGUGCUGGAGACAUUGAGGGACUCGAUGGAGAUACCCUAAUCCCGGUUGAAAUACUUUCUUGUGAUGUGUCACAUCGCUCUCGCUCACAAGAUGCCUUAUCGAUAGUAGAAUUAGGAAAGCAGUUACUAUUGAGUGCAAGGAAUGGAGAUACAGAGACUGUCCGUGAUCUUAUGUGUAGAGGGGCACCAUUUACAACAGAUUGGCUUGGUACAAGUGCAUUGCACUUGUCUGCUCAAAACAACCAUACAGAAACAGCAGAGGUUUUGUUAAGGGCAGGGAUUUCAAGGGAUGCCAGAACAAAGGUUGAUAGAACACCUUUGCACAUGGCUGCAUACGAAGGUCAUCAUCAAAUGGCACAACUGCUACUGAAUUAUGGUGCAGAUGUUGAUAGUAGAGACAUGUUAAAAAUGACUCCUCUGCAUUGGGCAGUGGAACGUGAACAUGUAGAAGUAAUGAAUGUGUUGCUAGAACAUGGAGCAGAUGCGAAUGCAACAAGCAAAUUUGAUAAAACGCCAAUUAGCCUUGCUUUGGAACACGACCGACUUGAUUUAGUAGACAUUUUACAACAGGAAAGGGAAAUAUUAGGUGUCCAAACACAUCAGCAAAGCCAAGCGAAUUCCGCUGAACUCGAAGUAGCAACACACAGUUUAAUGCAAUUAGAAGCUGAGCGUCAACAGGAACAGCAGGAACUUGAGUUGCAACAGCAACAACAACUCCAAAAACGAAAAGUAGCUACAGUGCAAGUGGGUAAAAAGCCAAGAAUGGUAUUCCAGCAAAUCCGCGUGUCGUCAGUGAGUGAUGAAGAGCAUGAAAAGGAUAUAGAAUGCGUUGAUGGUAUCGAAAAUCAAGGACAUGGAACUAGCUACAGGGAUGAAGACGUUUCAGGAGUUGGUGGGGCGGAUCAACCCCUCCGACUACUCCAAGCACACGGAAUCACGAUGAUUCCUGUUGAUAAUGAUGCAACAAUCGUGGAAAAUGCUAUGGAAAGUGGUCAGACUGUCGUCUUAACAGAAGCAGGCAAACUUGCCUUAAAUUUAACUAGAACACCUUCAAUGGGAAUGAAAAGAUUGCAAGUGGGAACGAGAAGAGGAACUUCCAGAAAAGUUAUUGCGAUUCGCGCUGAUCAGAUCUUAGGUCAAAACGCACCUACCUUGACUCCUCGAGGUCCUAACAUAUUAAAGAGAAAUAUUAAUGAGAACAAAGCAGGGAAACUCUUUUUAGCUUCCUUAGCUAAUAGCACAUCUACUGUUCCGACGCUUACACAAGCUAAGCAUAUUGUCUCUUUGUCGAAGAAUAAAGUAGUCAACCAGUUGACGAAGGUAACGGAACAAAGAAUUUUACAUUUGGAUGACGAGAUAGAGGAAAUUACUGAAGAUGACAAUCAGGGUGAAGAUAACACGGAACCCGUGAUGGAUAUAGCAGUGCUCAAUAGGCAACUAGCGGAGGCGCGAAGACAAGCCGCAGAAUACCGUAAACAGUUACAGAAGAAAGAAGAAGAAGCUGAGAAAUAUAAGCAGCAACUGAAGUCUAUUACGGCGCAAGCGGCGUCGAAGUAAUUUCCUGCGUUUUUUGACGGCGCAUUCGACAGUUACUGAUGCUGAACUUCACACUCCAGGUGUAAUUUUUAAUUCUAAACCCAAUGAAGAAAUUAUAACCUAACAUGACUUAAGUCACGUGCACAAUUAUUCCUUCUUUCGGUUUAUAGUAUGAGAGUAAAUGAAGAAUCGAAUCUUUUGUUAUAUGGAAUUUUCUUUAAGUGAAGACGCUUUGUGACUGUUUAAUGGGAUCAUGAAGUGUAAACGAUGCAUCUCUUUUUUUUUUUUAAAUAUUCAUACAGUUUUGAGCUUCUCUCAAAUAUCCAUAAGAUAUACUUCCUCUUCUCUUCCUUCUGCUUGUGCGGUUUGGAGCAAAAUGCCAGGAGUGACAUUUGGUGUAUCAGUAUUUAUGAUAGGAUGGUCGGAUUUAUUUGAUACACAUGAUUCUAAUACCUCGAAACCGAUUAUAUGACGAAUUUUAACUUUUAAAUGCAUCUCCACAGAGUACAGCCGUAUUUUGUAUUGGUUCUAUGCGUAUACACGCAGCUUCAAUAUCUAAGCAUGUAUUGCUGUGUACGUGCAUUCAAUAAGCGCCACCAAUUUUACUGCACAGUGUUUUCUGCUGAAUUUUUGUUGCCUGUUUACUAAGAUACAUGCUUAGAUAUGGGGUCUGUCUUCGUACGCACAUAACGAAUAAAGUGCCAAUUGUUAUAUUGACUAUGUCUGCUGAAGCCUAAAACUAUCUUUGAAGUAAACAAUAAAUAAUGAAAAAAAUGCAAGUUAAUAAAUUGGAGAUCAAGUACGUAAUACUAUUUGCAGAUUUACAGACAGAAGUUAUUGAAACUGUUUAUACUGAUAAUUGAAAGCAGUAAAAAGUUUUAUUACGUUUAAGUAGGAAGUUUUCAAAUCUGUGGUAACGAUACUUUUUCACUUAACAAAGCUUAUAGAAACUUUGCCUUCUUUUCCAUUGGCCAACGCGUUAGCUUGGAAAAUGAAAUAUUUUUGAGUACAAUAGGAUUUCAUUAUAAGUCAAACUGCAGUAUGUAUUUUUGAUGUGCAUGAUCAGAAACAAAGUGGAUAAUUGUUUACAUAAUCACAGAUUAGGUACACAUAUUCAAUACAGAAUCUGAAAUUUAUCAACUGUAUCAUACUUGUAACAUCUAAUCACGUGAGAGAGAGAGAGAGAGAGAGAGAGAGUAUCACGGAAAAUUGCCGACAUUAUUUUGUAUAUGAUAAUAACAGUUCUUUGGAAAUGUAAAGUACUAGGUGUUAUGACAGUGAUGAAGUUUGAACAGUAUGUACACUAAAAAAAUUUUAGACACUUGUACAAAUUGUUAAAAUAUAUCAAGGUUAAACGAAAAUGUAACGAAUCUAACGGGCUAAAUGGAAAGUGACGUUGAUCGCCAAGACUCUAAAUCUAUAUAUACUAAUUAUCAUCCAUACUGUAAAUAUUCAGCUUCUAUAAAACAUAAUCAUGAAAAAGAGUUUGAAAAAUCAAUAGAAUAACAACAAACUUUUGCACUGAUGAAAAUAUGUCCAUACAUGUAACAUAAUCAGGCAGAGAAGUUACAACUUACAGUACCUAAGUAUCCAUUCUGUACAGUUAUUAUUAUUCCAUCAGGCCUUACAGCGAUACAUGCUACAUUUAUUUUAACAAUGCAUUUUUCACAUUGGGUAAAAACCAUUUGAUACACUUAGGAUAGGCAGAUACGUAAGCAACAAUUGGAUCGAUCAAUUUUUCAGUUGUAUGUAAUAUGCCUUACGUAAAAUAAAAUUGUAUUGUCUAA